AAUUGUUUUCAUUCUUUAUUCUGCUCUGCGGUAGUUAUUUCCACUAUUUUACCUUCCAGGUCACUUAUCCAUUCCUCUGCCUCAGUUAUUCUGCUAUUGAUUCCUUCUAGAGAACUUUUAAUCUCAUUUAUUGUGUUGUUCAUCAUUGUUUGUUUGCUCUUUAGUUCUUCUAGGUCCUUGUUAAACGUUUCUUGUAUUUUCUCCAUUCUAUUUCUAAGAUUGUGGAUCAUCUUUACUAUCGUUGUUCUGAAUUCUUUUUCAGGUAGACUGCCUAUUUCCUCUUCAUUUGUUAGGUCUGGUGGGUUUUUGCCUUGCUCCUUCAUCUGCUGUGUGUUUCUCUGUCUUCUCAUUUUGUUUAACUUACCGUGUUUGGAGUAUCCUCUUCCCAGGCUGAAGGUUCGUAGUUCCCGUUGUUUUUGGUGUCUGUCCCCAGUGGCUAAGGUUGGUUCAGUGGGUUGUGUAGGCUUCCUGGUGGAGGGGACUAGUAGUGCCUGUGUUCUGGUGGAUGAGGCUGGAUCUUGUCUUUCUGGUUGGCAGGUCCACAUCUGGUGGUGUGUUUUGGGGUGUCUGUGGCCUUAUUCUGAUUUUAGGCUUCCUGUGUGCUAAUGGAUCAGCUUGUGUUCCUGUCUUGCUAGUUCUUUGGCAUAGGGCGUCCUGCACUGUAGCUUGCUGGUCAUUGAAUGGAGCUGGGUCUUGGCAUUGAGAUGGAGAUCUCUGUGAGAUUUUCGCAGUUUGAUAUUACGUGGAGCUGGGAGGUCUCUUGUGGAUCAGUGUCCUGGACUUGGCUCUCGCACCUCAGAGGCACAGCCCUGACACCUGGCUGGAGCAUCAAGAGCCUGUCAUCCACACGGCUCAGAAUAAAAUGGGGAAAAAGAAGAAAGAAAGAAAGGAAGAAGAUAAAGUAAAAUAAAAUAAAGUUAUUAAAAUAAAAGAUAAAAAAUAAUUAUUAUGAAAAUAAAUUUUUUAAGUAAUAAAAAAGAAAAAGAAACGGACAGACAGAACUCUAGGGCAAAUGGUAAAAGCAAAGCUAUGCAGACAAAAUCACACACAGAAGCAUACACAUACACACUCACAAAAAGAGAAAAAGGGAAAACAAUAUAUAUAUAUAUCUUUGCUCCCAAAGUCCACCUCCUCAAUUUGGGAUGAUUGGUUGGGAGAGAAAGGGAUUUCCCUUUCUCUUCUUUGUUGGCACAGCUCCCAGGUCUCAGCUUUGGAUUUGGCCCCGCCUCUGCGUGUAGGUCGCCUGAGGGCGUCUGUUCUUCGCUCAGACAGGACGGGGUUAAAGGAGCUGCUGAUUCGGGGGCUCUGGCUCACUCUGGCCGGGGGGAGGGAGGAGUACGGAGUGCAGGGCGAGCCUACGGCGGCAGAGGCUGGCAUGACGUUGCACCAGCGUGAGGCGCCGGCCGGCGUGACGUUGCGCCGGCAUGACGUUGCACAUGCCUGCGGCGCGCCGUGCGUUCUUCCGGGGAAAUUGUCCCUGGAUCACGGGACCCUGGCAGUGGCGGGCUGCACAGGCUCCCGGGAGGGGAGGUGUCUCUUGCCUCUUCGGCAGGUCCAGACUUUUUCCUGGACUCCCUCGCAGCUAGCCGUGGUGAUUAACCCCUUCAGGCUGUGUUCACGCUGCCAACCCCAGUCCUCUCCCGGCGCUCCGACCAACCGAAGCCCAAGCCUCAGCUCCCAGCCCCGCCCACCCUGGCGGGUGAGCAGACAAGCCUCUCGGGCUGGUGAGUGCUGGUCGCCACCGAUCCUCUGUGCGAGAAUCUCUUCGCUUUGUGCUGUGCACCCCUGUUGCUGUGCUCUCCUCCGCGGCUCCGAAGCUUCCCCCCUCCGCCACCCGCAGUCUCUGCCUGCGAAGGGGCUUCCUAGUGUUUGGAAACCUUUCCUCCUUCACGGCUCCCUCCCACUGGUGCAAGUACCGUCCCUAUUCUUUUGUCUCUGUUUAUUCAUUUUUCUUUUGCCCUACCCAGGUACGUGGGGAGUUUCUUGCCUUUUGGGAAGUCUGAGGUCUUCUGCCAGCGUUCAGUAGGUGUUCUGUAGGAGCUGUUCCACAUGUCGAUGUAUUUCUGAUGUAUUUGUGGGGAGGAAGGUGAUCUCCGCUUCCUACUCUUCCUCCAUCUUGAAGUUCCUCCCUGUGCAGGGUUGAUCUAGGUACCAGGGGUUACCAUGUCAAACACGGCAGCAAGGUCCCUGGUGUCAUGGAUUUACCUUCUAAUAGCAGAAUAGAGAUAAUAAGUUUUUUUUUUUUUAAGAGACAAGAUAAUUGUCAAUAAUGAUAAGCGAUAUGAAGCAAUAGAACAAAAGGAGGGACUGAUUUCAACAUGGUGGUCAGGGAAGGAGCAUUGAGGUGAGGUAGCGAUGUUCUCCAUGAGCUGAAUGAAAAGAAGUUGCUGAUGCUGUGAGAAUCUGACACCCUGCAGAGGAGUAAGCAGACCCACACUCCCAAGUGGGAGCAAGCUUUGGAGAGUUGGAAGAACAGAGAGAAGGCCAAAGUGGCUGGAGUAUAAAGAGUGAGGGAAAGGGAGAAAAAUGAUGAGAAUAAAGAAUAGUUAGAAGCCGGAUGAUGGAAGGCUUGUAAGCUAUGGUACAGAAUUUGGUUUUUAUUCUCUGGACCACUACUGGAAGUUUGUAUUUUAGAGAGAUCACUCCAGGUGAACUGCUGAGAUUGAGGAUGGAGGGGCAAGAGUGGAAACAAGGACCAUUUAGCACAUGAUGGCUGUCGUUCACAAGGAAGAUAAUAGUGGACCAGACUAAGAUGGUUCAUGUGGAUACGGAGAGAUGUAAACAGAUUUGGCUUUUGAGAUCGGGCUGCCAAGACAUAGAGAUGGAUUGGAUGUGGUAAAUAAGGGCAUAGAAAGUGUAGGAUGGCUCCGUGCAAGUGAGCAGAUGUGUGGCCAUUUGCUAAGAGGGGGAAGCUGGGACUUUGGGGAUGGGAUAAAUCAUAUUCAUAUAAGUAUAAAAAUACAGUAUUUAUUGAAUACCUUUAGUUUUAUAAAAGUUGAAAUUUGUUUUGGUUCCCAUGACCUUUAAUGAAGAAAUUAAUAGCAGACAGUGCCCUUGGCAGUGAAUGUGUUGCUUCUACGGUGAAUAAGGUCCUUGCAAGAAAUUCAGUUUUGUUCCACUAUCAGGGGCAUUCUCCAUGGGGAAGUCCUCCCCGCGGUUGUGAAUUCUAUUCCCAGUUACACAAGGUCCCAUUCUUUGACAUGGAAAGAAGUGGCAACGCCCACUGCAGUCACCCAUAGGAAUUUGGCUUUCAUUGCCAUGAAUUGUGCACUUCCACGAAUCCUGAAGAUAAGAGUCGGAAAAAAAGAGUCAAAACUGAGAAGUGCCUGGCGUCUCGCUUCAAGGCUGAGCCUGUGUCUACAUUUCUCAAGCAUGAUUCUUACUCUUAAACAUUGGAGAAUGGCUUUUAUAAUGAGAAAAAAAUUACCCUGUACCCUCAAUGUCAGUGUUUACGUUUCAGCCAUUUGGGUUCUAAGAAACAAUUUUUUUUUUCCUUUAAAGGGAAAGAAGUUAUCAUAACUGUCAGUAUCUUAGGGAAGAUCGAACAUUUUACUGGUCUUAAUGUCAGCCCAUAACAGGCUUCACAAGGUAGGAUCUCACUGUCUGAGUUGACGAGGUUUGGCCUUUAGGUUUUGGGUGAUGGAUUCUCCCUGGGUGAGAAGGUUAGGAGCCUAGAACCCCAUUUUCUCACUGUAUGUUCCUCACUUGGGAGUCUGCCAUAAACAAAUUUUGUAUAUUUCUUCAGCUUUUCCAGUGUAAAGAUUUGUGUGUGUGUGUGUGUGUGUGUGUGUGUGUGUGUAUGUUGAAGCUAGACAAUGUUUAUGAAGAAACUUUUUUUUCAUUUGUUCAGAGAAAACUUGGUUUCAAACAAGUGUCCCCUGAUGAGCGCACGGUGGUCCAUCUUGCAAUGUCAGCGUCACGCCAGCAGAUGGCAGUCACACCACACUGAGCUUUGGCAUUAGGCAAAACUUUAGAAGCCGGGGCGUUUGUCCGGUUCACAGAGGGAGGGUCUGAUGCACUCUGUGCCUUGGCGGGAGGGGUAACAUGUAUGGAGACUAAUUCCAGGCAAUCCACUACAUAAAUCUAUAAAUUUGGCCUUGACGCUGAAGAUAUACUUAGUUGGAAAAGGAAACAAAACUGAGUAAAAACAAACUUAAAUCUGUCAAAAUGAGCUAUGAGGUGAACAUCCCAAGGUCUUGGGCUUAUUCUGGGCUGUGUUUUACUGUGACAUGGAUCCGUAUAAUCAUAGUCGAGGAGCUAGCAUGAAAACAUAAUGGCCAAGAGAAUAAGGCUGGGAACAACUGCAAAAAUAUUUUAUUUUCAGGAGGAUUAACUGAGCUCUGGGUGGCUAGACAGGGUAGGGAAAAACAAAAGAAACUUGGAAGUGAAAUGAGAAAUGUUAGAACUUUUCUUUCUUGCAUAGAGAGGGUAUUUCCAAAAGAAUUCUUUAUUGGAGGAAUACUGCUUUUUCUCCAGCUAGAAGGGAGACGUUGCAUCUUUUGCUGUCAUACCAGCUUCAACUUCAUCAAGCUUUCCUGAAUUCCUGCCGCCACAACCCAGCUGGUUUGGGUCACUCUUCCUUUCCCACUGGUUAAGUGGUUGCCUUGUUUUUUGUAUUAGGUGUGCUAGCUUUGGGACAGGUGUAGGGGUUACAUGGCAUU